GUGUCAAAUUCUGAUAUGAUGGAACAGGAAUCGUUUAACUUCAACUCAUCAUAUAGUGAUAGUUCUUUCUUUAUUAAACUUCCUUUUCCUCCAAUAAUAGAUAUUGAUAACUUAAUUAAACCGAAUGAUGUUAAAUCAAUAACUGCUUUUGUCGUUUAUCGUUAUGCUUAUAUUCAGGAACUUUCCUCGCGAGGAGUUAUAUUCAAAAUAACACAAGUAUCAAAUGUUAUUUCUAAUUCUUGGAAACAAGAACCGAAAAUUGUAAGAGAGGAAUAUAAAAAACUCGCAGAUACUGCAAAUAAUCUAUACUGUUUUAAAUAUCAGAAAAAGCAACAAUUACAAUUACCUAUAAAUCAAUCGUCUCCUGCUGAUGGUACAAAAUCCCUUUUAACUCGUUUAAAUAAUCCUUCGUCAUCCACGUCAGUAACAGACCAAGAGGAGUUAUGUAAUCCGUUAUAUACUUAUAAGAAUGAUUUGAUGCCAUCUGACGAGAAUUUGAUCGAUAAACAGACUACAUCUAGAGGUCAUAAAACUAAAU